CGGAUAGGCACGAAAAAAUUGCAGCAAGUGUCAGCAGUCGCUCCAGCGCGAUGGCCGCUACAGCAAAGAGACUCGUAUUGCUCUCCGUACUGGGGCAGUUGCAGCUCCUUAUCCUCGUUACCUAUGCGAUACCAAACACUAACUUGGGGCGAUUAAGAGAUUUGCCUUUGCAUGUAUCGACGAAAAAAGCUUCGUUCUCCGAGUCGUGCGAGCUCGGGCCCUGCCGGCCGCGCUCGGGCGAUCUGCUGAUCGGACGCGAACACCAGUUGAGCGCCACGUCCACCUGCGGCUCGCGCUUCCUGCCCGAGAGAUACUGCAGCUUCAAGAGUCGCGGCGACCAGGACGACGACUGCUCCAACGUCUGCGACACCUGCGACUCCGACGUCAAUCACACUAUACGCAACAUCGUCAAUUACAAGGAUGGGAGGAACAAAGAUCUGUGGUGGCAGUCGGAGAACGGCGUGGAGGAGGUGUCGAUCACGCUGGAGCUCGAGUCGCAUUUCGAGAUGAGCCAGCUUUUCAUGAGAUUCGCCAGCCCGAGGCCGGCGGCGAUGCUGAUCGAGAAGUCGGAUAAUUUUGGCCGCUCGUGGCGGGUUUAUCAGUACUUUGCGCGCAACUGCUCGCAAUCGUUCCCCGGAAUUCCGACGGGGCCACGCAAGAGCCUGGCCGACGUUAUCUGCCUAUCGAAAUACUCCAGCCUAGAGCCAAUCAGCAACGGCGAAGUCAUAUAUCGAGUACUACCCACGGGCACGGGCAUCAACGGCAACAGCUCGAAAGAGCUGUUCCAGAAGCUCCGAUUGACCAAUCUGCGGAUCAAUUUCACCGAGUUCCAGCGCACCUGGCUCGAGCCGCAGAAAAUGUACUACGCCGUCAAGAGCAUGACGAUCCGGGGCGUCUGCUCGUGCAACGGCCAUGCGUCCAAAUGUCUACCCGUCGACGACUCGACGACGACGACGACGACGACGACGAUGACGAACGCCAGCAGUUGGGACACGGUCGGCGGCAGCUGCGCCUGCGAGCACAACACGGCCGGACAGAAUUGCGAGCGCUGCAAGCACGGCUACUAUCCGGACCACCUGCUGAAGAUGUCCCACCCGCAGGCCUGCAGACGCGGCUUCUUCUUGAUGUGAAGGCGACCAAGUGCCAAUGGCUGCAGCAAGGUCGUGUCAUUGACUAGAAACUGUGAUAUAUAUACAUAUUUAUAUUCGUUACUUUUUAUAAGACGGAAUUAUAGUAUUUUUUUUUUCAAAUUUAUAUUAUGAAUAUAUUAGUUUUAGUAGCACGAGAUGAAAAUAAAGCAAUUUUCGAGCGACAUACUUAAAGAGCUCGUUAUCAUUGUGCCAUAUUAAGCUGAACGAUAAUUCUUUAUCUGCAAUCAAAAACACAUUGCUAUUAUUUUUAACGUAUGCAAAAAGCAGCAACAAUAAUACGAAUGUAUGUGUGUGCACUGUAUCGGGUCGAAAUCUGCCGUUGCAGUAGUGCAGCGCAACGACGC